UUUAUGGACCCAUUGCCGAAAACAUUUCUUUUGUAAUAUCUUUCUGAUUUUUAUUUUACAGUGUAACUUUAAACCCUUUGUGGCAAUCCUUACCAUAACUCAAAAUGGUGCGGGAAGACAAACCAACCUGGAAAGCAAACUAUUUCCUAAAAAUUGCAGAAUUAUUAGCAGAAUACCCAAAAUGCUUUGUGGUAAGUGCUGACAAUGUUGGCUCCAAACAAAUGCAGCAGAUCAGAAUUGCUCUACGAGGAAGAGCUGAGGUUCUUAUGGGAAAAAACACUAUGAUGAGAAAGGCCAUCCGAGGUCAGUUGGAUAAAAACCCCACUCUCGAGAAAUUGUUGCCUCACGUUAUUGGGAAUAUUGGGUUUGUUUUCACGAAGGAGGACCUGUUGGAAAUCAGAGAUGUCCUGCUCAGUAACCAGAAGGAAGCACCAGCAAAAGCUGGAGCCAUUGCUCCUAUUGAUGUGUUUAUCGAGAAGAUCAACACAGGUCUUGGCCCUGAAAAGACAUCUUUCUUCCAGGCUUUGUCCAUUCCAACCAAGAUCACCAAGGGAACCAUUGAAAUUCUGAGUGACAUCCAUCUUAUCAAGAAAGAUGAAAAAGUUGGUGCCUCUGAAGCAGCUCUUUUAUCUAUGUUGAAGAUUUACCCAUUUCAUUAUGGGCUUGUCUGCAGAACUGUUUUUGACAAUGGUAGCAUUUACAGUCCAGAUAUUCUUGACAUCAGGCCUGAUGACCUCAUCAAGACCUUCCUUUCUGGUGUAGGCAACAUUGCUGCAGUGUCACUUGAAAUUGGAUACCCAACUGUUGCAUCAGUUCCACACAGUAUGGUAAAUGGCUUCAAGAAUAUUGCUGCUGUCUGCCUUGAAGCUGAUAUCGACAUCAAAGAGAUAGCCACCAUCAAGGAGUAUCUUGCAGACCCAAGCAAGUUUGCAGUCGCUGCAGCUCCAGCAGCUGCCGCCGAUGACAAGCCAGCAGCAGCAGAGCAAAAGAAGGAGGAAUCUGAAGAAGAAUCUGACGAUGACAUGGGCUUUGGUCUCUUCGAUUAGAACAUUGUCUUGCCAGGAGUAAAAAAAGAUAAAACUGUUUAAAAGUUA